AUGGCGUUGCGUCGAGUGCGGGAGGGCGUGUAUCAGAUGGACGGCGACUUCAGCGCCCUGUUGCGUGUGGUGCCAGUGGGCGACCUGCCCGCUCCUCACAACUGGACCGUGCGCAACUACUACUACUACGCCUUGCACGCGCCCGAUCAUCCGUUUGCCUGGCGCUACAAGAAAGGCGAUCCCGUCAUCCGCUGCAGAGGGAGUGCCGACCAGAGGGUGCUUCAUUACCUCUACAACUCCUUUUCGUCCUUUCUCUGCGACGCAUUUCUCAACGCCUGGCACCGCGUGUACCGGAAUAGAGUGCUUCUUGCACGCAUCGGUUAUGAGGGAGGCUAUCGGUCAUUGCUGACCGGUGCCAUCAGCGAGGACGAGGCCAUUGUGGUGGACCGCCUUGACGAUGGAGACGACCUGUCCGAUGUGACGCCCAGCCGUCUGGUGAUCGCCAGCGGCUUCCGACCAGACGAGACCACUGCGGCAUGGCUCGUGGUGAGACGCGGCGAUGUCGAGCUCUGGACGACAGAGCUGUCGCUUGCGGCCCGGAGGUUUGAUGCUCGGUUCCCCGUGUCGGCGCCUCACUGGCGUCGAGCGCUGCGCCGAUUCCGCCUCGAGAAUGCCGUCAUCGGGUAGCCAGCUGCCCAUACACGGCUGGCUGCAUUGGGGGAUACACAUUGUGCUGACAGUGUUUAUGGUCUGCAUGCCUCCAUGUGUCAAUGACUGAGUAGACGGGUGCGUGCGCGUGGACUGACUGGCUGGCUGGCGUCGUGACAUGCAUGAAGGCGACAAGAGUGUGCAGAUGAAGUUGUGUUGGGC